GUGGGGCCCGCAGCCUGCCCGGCGCCCGUCACCAACAUGCCCUUUGACUUCAGGAGGUUUGACAUCUACAGGAAGGUGCCAAAAGACCUUACACAGCCAACCUACACAGGGGCUAUUAUCUCUGUCUGCUGCUGUCUCUUCAUACUGUUUCUCUUCCUGUCUGAGCUCACCGGAUUCAUAGCCACUGAAAUAGUUAAUGAGCUCUACGUGGAUGACCCAGACAAAGACAGUGGAGGUAAAAUAGAAGUGAAUCUGAACAUUAGUUUGCCAAACCUGCAUUGUGAAUUAGUUGGACUAGACAUCCAAGAUGAAAUGGGAAGGCACGAAGUGGGUCAUAUUGACAACUCGAUGAAGAUACCUCUCAAUAAUGGGGAUGGCUGCAGAUUUGAGGGCCAUUUCAGCAUCAACAAGGUCCCUGGUAACUUUCACGUGUCAACACACAGUGCCACUGCGCAGCCUCAGAAUCCUGACAUGACUCAUGUCAUCCACAAGCUCUCAUUUGGGGACAAGUUACAGGUCCACAACGUUCAUGGAGCAUUCAAUGCCUUGGAGGGAGCAGACAAACUCAGCUCAAAUCCUCUUGCAUCUCACGAUUACAUAUUGAAGAUAGUCCCGACGGUGUACGAAGACAUGAGCGGCAAGCAGCGAUACUCAUACCAAUACACUGUAGCAAAUAAGGAGUACGUAGCCUACAGUCACACUGGCCGCAUUAUCCCAGCUAUCUGGUUUCGUUAUGAUUUGAGCCCCAUCACAGUGAAAUACACAGAGAGGCGGCAGCCUUUGUACAGGUUUAUCACGUCGAUAUGUGCCAUCAUUGGAGGAACAUUUACUGUAGCUGGGAUCCUCGACUCCUGCAUUUUCACAGCAUCAGAGGCCUGGAAGAAGAUCCAGCUGGGGAAAAUGCAGUAGCGGUGAAACUACCCUAGUCUCCUAGGACAGGAGCAAAGAUUGAGAAAUCUACCACUACCUGUUUUUGUCUUUAUUUUCUAUUUGAUUGAAUCAGUAAGUUUUUCUCUAAUCAGGCUGUUCAGUGAAGGCAUCUUCAACAAAUCAAAGAAAUCUCCAUGCAUUUCAGAGCUCUGAGAGUGAAAAAUCAAUGGAAUCAGGGCAUGGAUUUCGAUUCUCUCCCCCCAGAAAGAGAGGUUGAAAUGCCAUAUAUGAAAUACACCAUCAGAUCUAAGUAAGGAUGACAGUCUGUUCUCUGGGAGGUUCCUAUGGCAGUGUACAAACUAGGUAGUAGAUUGCAAAGAGUUGAGCUGUCUUGUGGCACUUUUUGGAAUUCUGUUGGAUUUGCAUGAUUAGACAAUCGACUUUUGUAUAAGGCAAAAUUAUACAUUAGGAAGAAAUUCUACCCGUGGUGCCAAAAAGGUGAUGUAUCUGUUGGUGAGGAAUGGAAAGUGUUAGUCCCCGUAGCAAACUUUAGAGACAGAGGGCAGAAAUAACAUCAAGAAAUGUUUUGUGCUUUUAUUGAAAGCUCUUUUGUUCAGAUAUGACCUUUCUAAUGAAAUGAGCAAACAAGAAGACGAAGCCUUCCCCCAGCUACCUUUUCCUGGGUAAUCUGUGAUCCAGGCAGUGGAGGGCAUUUCUUUUAGUCCAGAUGUAAAAGUGGUUUCAUUUCUUCCCAGAAACUGAAUAUCCAGUCUUGUGUUUACAGGUGGCAUGAAGUAAAAACCAAACUGAGCAACACAGUUUUAUGUGGCCUUUGCUUUGAAAGGGAAUAGUUGUCUUUACAGCAUUAGCUUUUAUUUUCUUAUGUUUUUUAAACACAGACCACCCAACAGUCUGAAUUCUGCACUUCUGCUUUAUUAUUAUUAUUGGUAUUGUUAUUUUGAAAAGGGGUUGUGUAUUCUGUGUGUUCAGAAAGAUGAUGCAGUCUUCUGGGUGGAUGAGCACAGCUUACUGUCUUGCUUUGUGUGUGUAUAUUGAAUACACCUGUCAGACACAGGCAGUCUGUCUUGUCAGGGUUUAAGGUGCCUCCCUUUUCCUUUAAAAUUCAGUCAGGCAUCUUUUCUGAGCCCUAGACUGACACUGUUCACCCACAGGUACACCAGUAGCAGGGCAGGCGUUCUCACAAGCUGGCCUCUGCUAGUAGUUGUUUUGUUUUAUUCCUUAAAAUGGUACCUGAGCUUCCAUGCCCAUUCAUUCAAGCCUUGUCUUCUGGGGCCUCCAGUAAAUGGAGGCAUGAGGGGAAAACUACUGCCAAGUGUGGCUUGCAUGUAAUGGUAGACGUGAGUUCACUAAAAUUAGACCAAUACCCACCAGCGCAUUUUCCAUAGCCUCCUAAAUGUUCCUUGAGUAGUAACAGUCUCUGCAUGCUUUGUAAAUGCCUGAGCUGAGGAUACACAAAUUUUAAGUGUUCCAGGAUGGAUAAAAAUCAUAAAAUAAAAAUCUUUAACUCAAUCAAUGCUGUAAAUUCUAAGACAGGUGCAGGAUUUCUCUUGGAUAAUAUCUACUGCCCACUGCCCUUCCCUGAAGGCAAAAGUAUCCAAACAUUAUGCUGUAAUAAUAUGAAUCUUUGAAUAUUCAAUGUUAAUGCUAGAGUCAGAUGCAUUUCAAAAGUAUUCCUAAUACAUGUCUGUUGAAAUUGUCUCAUUGCUUUGGAAGUAGGGAAGGUAGCCAGUUUUGUCCACACACCAAAAAAAAAGAAGCCAGCCACCCUGCCCCUGCUAUCCUCUGCCCUGUAGUGACUUCGGACAAAUUACAGCAUUGGAAUUUUUCCCUGUUCUUAUUACGAACUGAUUGCUAUUACUUUAGGUGUAAACUGGAUUGUGUAACUUCCUGUAUCUGUUAAUGUAUGGAUAGAUUUUAUACAUUUUUUUCCAUUUACAAAAAUCAACUUGAAAAUGA